CCCGUGGCUGCAGAGUGCCAAGCGCCAGGUCCUGCGCUCUGGGCGCGGGUCAGGAGCAGCUGGCAAGGGCAGCGCAGCCUGUGGGGCCCUUGGGCGCGGCCGGCCGCAGCUCAGGGAAGCCACUUCAGCCCACGGGCGCUGCAGCUGCAGCCGCCACCAGCACAUGGAGCAGGGAUCGCCAAGGAUUGGGAAUCCCCGACCAGGGCUGCGCCUCCAGCCGCGCGGACCCCGGGGCCAGCCCGGCCGCGGCAAGUCAGGCAGUCUGCGGCAGGAGCGCCGGGCAUGGGUUUCCGCCUGGGGUGCAGGAGACGCGCACACUCCGGCCGGAUGGGCGGCGCACUCAGGGUCCAGGAGGCCGUCACAGGGGAGCCCCGCCAGCCCCCGCCGGAGCCCGAGCUGCAGCUGCCACCUGCAAGUGGUGCGCUGGCUGCAGCUGUGGCAACCCCGGAUCCCGUCCUCCCGCCUCGCGCCCAUCAGCGCGGACCCCGGGGGCGACGCAGUGGCGAAGCCGGGCUGUGGGCCCAGCGGCGGCACCAGGCGGAGAAGCACCACUGAACCCCAUCCCUGGGCUGCAGAGGGCCCAGCGCGGGGGGCUACGAGCGUCGGGAGCCGGUGGAAGAGAAGAGCGCGCGGGCGACAGUCAAACAGGUCCUGGGGCAGGGCGCGCCUCGCGAUCCACGGGGCCCCGCCAGCCCGCGGCACCUCCGCAGCAACCGCCGCCUGCACUGGGCGCCGCGAGAGAGCCGCUAGGGCGGUUUCUCCAUCUCGGGCCUGUUGGGCGGGGCCGGCUAAGGUGCGCGUGCUCGCUGGUCCUAACGGUUCUGUUGGGCGUUUCUGCUGAGAGGCGGGAGGCGCUGAGAGUCUGUGCGAAGGUCCGUGGACAGACUGCUUUGCUUGUUGUUGCGCUUCGGAGGCGGCGAUCCCCGAAGGCGAGCUGAAAUACGGCUGGAGCGUUCCCAGGCUACAAUUUGCAGCUGACGAUUAUGGAAGACGACAAGCCGAAGAGGUGGCCCACCUUCAGGGAGCGCUUGUGCUCGGAUGGCUUCUCAUUUCCCCAAUACCACAUUAAAUUGUCUCAUCUGAAGAGGAUCCACAGAGCUGUCUUCUAUGGUAAUCUGGAGAAACUGGAGUACCUUCUGUUCGUGUAUCAUGACGCCAAUAAGAGAGACAAGAAGGAAAGGACUGCCCUACAUUUGGCCUGUGCCACUGGCCAACCGGAAAUGGUAUUUCUCCUGGUGUCCAGAGGAUGUGAGCUUAACCUCUACGACCGUGAAGGCAGGACACCUCUGAUCAAGGCUGUACAACUGAGGCAGGAGGCUUGUGCAACUAUUCUGCUGCAAAAUGGCGCCGAUCCAAAUAUUAUGGAUUUGUUUGGAAGGACUGCUCUACACUAUGCUGUGUAUAAUGAAGAUACAUCCAUGAUAGAAAAACUUCUUUUAUAUGGUACAAAUAUUGAAGAAUGCGGCAAGUAUGAAUAUCAACCACUGUUACUUGCUGUGAGUCGAAGAAAAGUGAAAAUGGUGGAAUUUUUAUUAAAGAAAAAAGCAAAUGUAAAUGCAAUUGAUUAUCUUAGCAGAUCAGCCCUCAUACUUGCUGUUACUCUUGGAGAAAAAGAUGUAGUCAUUCUUCUUCUGCAGCACAAUAUUGAUGUGUUUUCUCGAGAUGCAUAUGGAAAGCUUGCAGAAGAUUAUGCCCUUGAGGCUAAGAAUAGAGUCAUUUUUGGACUAAUUUAUGAAUACAAAAGAAAGAAAUAUGAAGAGCUUUCUAGAAAUAGCAAUCCAGUGUCUUCUCAGGAACAACCAGCCUUGAAGGCUACAAGUGACGAGGAAGAUUCUGUUUCAAAUAUAGCCACAGAAAUAAAGGAUGGAGAAAAACCUGGGACAGUGUCUUCUCAGAAAAAACCGGCCUUGAAGGAUACAAGUGACAAGAAAGAUUCUGUUUCAAACAUAGCCACAGAAAUAAAAGAUGAACAAAAAUCUGGGACAGUGUCUUCUCAGGAACAAUCAGCCUUGAAGGCUACAAGUGACGAGGAAGAUUCUGUUUCAAAUAUAGCCACAGAAAUAAAGGAUGGAGAAAAAUCUGGGACAGUGUCUUCUCAGAAAAAACCGGCCUUGAAGGAUACAAGUGACAAGAAAGAUUCUGUUUCAAACAUAGCCACAGAAAUAAAAGAUGAACAAAAAUCUGGGACAGUGUCUUCUCAGGAACAAUCAGCCUUGAAGGCUACAAGUGACGAGGAAGAUUCUGUUUCAAAUAUAGCCACAGAAAUAAAGGAUGGAGAAAAAUCUGGGACAGUGUCUUCUCAGAAAAAACCGGCCUUGAAGGAUACAAGUGACAAGAAAGAUUCUGUUUCAAACAUAGCCACAGAAAUAAAAGAUGAACAAAAAUCUGGGACAGUGUCUUCUCAGGAACAAUCAGCCUUGAAGGCUACAAGUGACGAGGAAGAUUCUGUUUCAAAUAUAGUCACAGAAAUAAAGGAUGGAGAAAAAUCUGGGACAGUGCUCCCUGCUGCUGAACAGUGUUUAAACAGGAGUCUCUACAGACCGGAUACUGUUGCACAGCCUGUGACAGAGGAUGAUGAGUUUGAUUUGGAAUCUGAGAUUAUUUCAAAACCAUACAUCCGAAAGAGAAGGAUUAUUUCUGUACAUUCUACAGCAGAUGUGCGUCCUCCUAUUAAAGAGUGUUUUGUCAGGAGUCUCUACAGACCGGAUACUGUUGCACAGCCUGUGACAGAGGAUGAUGAGUUUGAUUUGGAAUCUGAGAUUAUUUCAAAACCAUACAUCCGAAAGAGAAGGAUUAUUUCUGUACAAUCUACAGCAGAUGUGCGUCCUCCUAUUAAAGAGUGUUUUGUCAGGAGUCUCUACAGACCGGAUACUGUUGCACAGCCUGUGACAGAGGAUCAUGCAUUUGAUUUGGAAUCUGAGAAUCCUUCAGAACCAUACUUUAUGAACAGAAGAACGAUUUCUCAACAAUCUGCAGAAAAUUUAGAUGCUGCAUGUGGCAUUGAAAAAACAGAAAAUGGAACCUUGUUUGAAGACCAAAAUGUUGAUAAGGAAGGAAAAGCACUACCAGCAACUGGACAAAAAGCAAAUGUGUCUCCUGAGCAACCGCCUUUAUUCAAGCAUACGGUGAAAGACAGAGAUCACAUUUCAACUAGAUUCUUAGGAAGUAUGGAUUCACUAACUUCCAGCAAAGAAUCUUCUGAGCGACCUCCUUUAUCCACGCUUACUGUGAAAGAGGCAGAUCCCAGUUCAAAAGUAGCUGUGAGAAGGAAGGAUUCACCACCUCCAGAAAAAGUGUCUUCUCAGAAACAACCAGCUGAGAAGGCUACAAGUGAUGAGAAAGAUUCUGUUUCAAAUAUAGCCACAGAAAUAAAGGAGGGACCAAUAUCUGGGAGAGUGUCUUCUCAGAAACAACCAGCUGAGAAGGCUACAAGUGAUGAGAAAGAUUCUGUUUCAAAUAUAGCCACAGAAAUAAAGGAGGGACCGAUAUCUGGGACAGUGUCUUCUCAGAAACAACCAGCUGAGAAGGCUACAAGUGACGAGAAAGAUUCUGUUUCAAAUAUAGCCACAGAAAUAAAGGAGGGACAACAAUCUGGAACAGUGUCUCAUCAGAAACAAUCAGCCUGGAAGGUUAUAUUUAAAAAGAAAGUUUCUCUUUUGAAUAUUGCCACAAGAAUAAUGGGUGGUUGGAAAUCUGGAACAGUGUCUUCUCAGAAACAACCAGCCUCAAAGGCUACAAGUGACAAGACAGAUUCUGUUUUGAAUAUAGCUACAGAAAUAAAGGAUGGACUACAAUGUGGGACAGUGUCUUCUCAGAAACAACAAGCCUUGAAGCCUACAAAUGAUGAGAAAGAUUCUGUUUCAAACAUAGCCACAGAAAUAAAGAAUGGAGAAAAAUCUGGGACAGUGUCUUCUCAGAAACAACAAGCCUUGAAGGCUACAACUGAUGAGAAAGAUUCUGUUUCAAACAUAGCCACAGAAAUACAGGAUGGAGAAAAAUCUGGGACAGUGCCUUCUCAGAAACCACCAGCCUUGAAGGCUACGAGUGAUGAGAAAGAUGCUGCUUUGAAUACAGCCAGAGACAAAAAGGAUGGAAAAAAAUCUAGGACAGUGCCUUCUCAGAAACCACCAGCCUUGAAGGCUACGAGUGACGAGAAGGAUGCUGCUUUGAAUACAGCCAGAGACAAAAAGGAUGGAAAAAAAUCUAGGACAGUGCCUUCUCAGAAACCACCAGCCUUGAAGGCUACGAGUGACGAGAAGGAUGCUGCUUUGAAUACAGCCAGAGACAAAAAGGAUGGGAAAAAAUCUAGGACAGUGUCUUCUCAGAAAUCGCCAGCAUUGAAGGCUACAAGUGACGAGAAAGAUUCUGUUUUGAAUAUAUCCAGAGAAAAAAAGAAUGGAGAAAAAUCUUGGACAGUGUCUUCUCAGAAACAACCAGCCUUGAAGGCUACACCUGAUGAGAAAGAUUCUGUUUCAAGUAUAGCCACAGAAAUAAAGGAUGGAGAAAAAUGUGGGACAGUGUCUUCUCAGAAACCACCAGCCUUGAAGGCUACAAGUGACAAGAAAGACUCUGUUUUGAAUAUAGCCAGAGAAAAAAAGGAUGGAGAAAAAACUAGGACAGUGUCUUCUCAGAAAUCACCAGCCUUGAAGGCUACAAGUGACGAGAAGGAUUCUGUUUUGAAUGUAGCCAGAGAAAAAAAAGAUGGAGAAAAAACUAGGACAGUGUCUUCUCAGAAACCACCAGCCUUGAAGGCUGCAGGUGACGACAAAGAUUGUGUUUCGAAUAUAGCCAGAGAAAUAAACGAUAGAGAAAAAUCUGGGACAGUGUCUUCUCAGAAACAAACAGCAUUGAAGGCUACAAGUGACAAGGAAGAUUCUGUUUCGAAUAUAGCCACAGAAACAAAUGAUGCACAAAUAUCUGGGACAGUGUCUUCUCAGAAACAACCAGCCUUGCAGGCUACAAGUGAUAAGAAAGAUUCUGUUUCGAAUAUAGCCACAGAAAUAAAGGAUGGACAACAAUCUGGAACAGUGUCUUCUCAGAAAAAACCGGCCUGGAAGGCUACAAGUGACAAGAAAGAUUCUGUUUCGAAUAUAGCCACAGAAAUAAAGGAUGGACAAAUAUCUGGGACAGUGUCUCAUCAGAAACAAUCAGCCUGGAAGGUUAUAUUUAAAAAGAAAGUUUCUCUUUUGAAUAUUGCCACAAGAAUAAUGGGUGGUUGGAAAUCUGGAACAGAGUAUCCUGAGAAUCUGCCCACAUUGAAGGCUACAAUUGAAAAUAAAGAUUCUGUUCUGAAUACAGCCACCAAAAUGAAGGAUGUACAAACAUCCACACCAGCAGAACAAGACUUUGAAAUGGCAUCAGAGGGAGAGCAAAAGAGGCUUGAAGAAUAUGAAAAUAACCAGCCACAGGUGAAAAACCAAAUACAUUCUAGGGAUGACCUGGAUGACAUAAUUCAGUCAUCUCAAAUAGUCUCAGAGGAUGAUGACUCACUUUGCUGUAAUUGUAAGAAAGUCAUAUUACUCAUUGAUCAACAUGAAAAGAAGUGUAAAGAUUGUGUUCACCUAUUGAAAAUUAAAAAUACAUUUUGUUUAUGUAAAAGAUCAAUAGAACUUAAAGAUAAUCACUGUGAGCAACUUAGAGUAAAAAUUCAAAAAAUGAAAAAUAAGGCUAGUGUACUACGAAAGAGACUAUCUGAAAAAGAAAAAAUAAAAUCACAGUUAGAGCAUGAAACACUUGAAUUGGAAAAAGAACUCUGCAGUUUGAGAUUUGCCAUACAGCAAGAAAAAAAGAAAAGAAGAAAUGUUGAAGAGUUGUACCAAAAAGUUAGGGAAAAGUUAAGAAUAACAGAAGAGCAAUAUAGGAUAGAAGCUGAUGUGACAAAACAAAUUAAACUGGCUCUCAAAUCAGCGGAGGUGGAAUUGAAGACAGGAGGAAAUCAUUCAAAUCAGAUUUCUGAAACUGAUGAAAAAGAAGAAGACCUGCUGCAUGAAAACCGCUUGAUGCAAGAUGAAAUUGCCAGGCUCAGGCUGGAAAUAGACACAAUAAAAAACCAAAACCUGGAAAAGAAACACUUAAAAUACUUUGAAAAUGUGAAAAGAAAGCAUGAAGACCUUCAAAAGGCUCUAAAACGGAAUGGGGAAACAUUAGCAAAAACGAUAACCUGUUAUAGUGGACAGCUUGCUGCUCUGACGGAUGAAAACACAGCGCUCCGUUCCAAACUGGAGAAGCAAAGAGAGAGCAGGCAAAGACUGGAAACAGAAAUGCAAUCAUACCGCUGUAGACUGAAUGCUGCUCUAUGUGAUCAUGAGCAAAGUCACUCAUCAGAAAGAGACCAAGAGCUUGCGUUCCAGGGCACAGUAGAUAAAUGGUGUCAUUUACAGGAAAAUUUGAAUUCUCGUGUUCUGAUUCUUUCUCAGCAACUUUCUAAAGCUGGGAGUAAGUCCAGAGUCCUAGAAACUGAGCUCCAUUACACAAGAGAGGCUCUGAAAGAAAAGGCUUUGGUUUUUGAACACGUGCAAAGUGAGCUAAAGCAAAAACAGAGUCAAAUGAAGGACAUUGAAAAAAUGUACAAAAGUGGAUACAAUACCAUGGAAAACUGCAUAGAAAAGCAGGAAAGAUUUUGUCAACUAAAGAAACAAAAUAUGUUGCUUCAACAGCAACUGGAUGAUGCUCGCAACAAAGCUGACAAUCAAGAAAAAGCAAUACUGAAUAUUCAAGCCAGAUGUGAUGCUAGAGUACAAAACCUUCAAGCUGAGUGCAGAAAGCGCCGUCUUUUACUAGAAGAAGAGAAUAAAAGGUUGGUCAAUGAAUUGAAUCACUCGAAAGAAAAAGAACGCCAAUAUGAAAAAGAGAAAGCAGAAAGAGAAGUAGCUGUGAGACAGCUUCAACAAAAACGAGACGAUGUCUUAAACAAACAAUCAGCAACAAAAGCUUUGCUGGAUGCUUCAUCACGUCACUGCAUCUAUUUAGAAAAUGAGAUGCAGGAUUCAAGGAAGAAAUUAGACCAGAUGAGAAAUCAAUUUCAAGAAAUACAGGAUCAACUUACAGCUACCAUAAGAUGUACUAAGGAGAUGGAAGGCGAUGCACAAAAGCUUGAAGUAGAAAAUGCCAUGAUGAGAAAAAUGAUUAAAACACAGGAUGACCAAAUUGAGCAGCUUGCAAAAAUCCUGCAGCGUUCAAGUUUGAUGCUGCAGGUGUUCAAGAGCUAGAUGAAGAUAUGGACAUUUCUGGAAUUACAGAGCCCCCUCUACAUUGAGCACAAGACAGUGACGAAUCCACAUUCUUCAGCCAGAAAGUCACCUCUGAGAGCCAAAUGUCUGACUAUAGACAGGAGAGUCAAAGAAUGAUAACAACAUCUCAGGAAAAUUGAGAAAAUAAUCAGCAACUGUAUGUGGAUAACCCUUUCAAAUUUCUCCAGGGCACCUGUCAUUUCAGCCAAUACUUGCCAGCUUGUGCCAAGGACGCUGGAGCUCCCUGGGAUGAGUUUCCCAGGGGAGGAGCUGUCGGCCGUCUUUACUGCUUGGGCGACACAGCCAUUCCAGCCUGUGGGCUUUGGACAGUGCAAACUGAUGGGGUAGAAGGGAUCCCUAGCAUAGCACAGCUGCUCUACUCUACCAACAUGUGCUCAGAUUCUCUCUCUCUCUUUUUUUUUUUUGAGAAGGAGUCUUGCUCUGUCACCCAGGCUGGAGUGCAAUGGCGUGAUCUUGGCUUACUGCACCCUUCACAUUCCAGGUUCAAGCAAUUCUUCUGCCUCAACCACCCAAGUAGCUGGGACUACAGGUGCCCAUCAGCACUCACAGUGAAUUUUUUUAUUUUUAGUAGAGAUGGGGUUUCACCAUGUUGGCCAGGCUGGUCUGGAACCCCUGACCUCAAGUGAUCCUCCCUGCUGGGCCUCCCGAAGUAUUGGGAUUACAGGCAUAAGCCACCGUGACCGGCCCCAGACAGAUUCUUUAAGGGGAUUCCCAAUCUGUUCAUCCCAACCAGGGCCUCCAGCUACCCCACCGGUGUCUGGGGCUGACAGAAAUUUGAAUUCUCCCUGGGAGGGAGUUCCGGAGUUCCCACCCAGUGGGAGUCCUUCCAACUGGGGCCUGGGGGAGAGGGUGGGGCCAGCUUUGGAGAGUCCAAAACGACUGGGGGUGGAAGGGAUUCCCCAGCACAUCACAACUGCUCUACCAAAUAGUGGCCAGGCAGGUUCUUUCAGCAGAUCCCUGAUUCUUUCCUCCUCACUGGGUGGGACCUCCCACCUGCGGCCUCCACCACCCCACCGGUGUUCUCAAGAUGACAGAGAUUUACAUUCACCCUGGGAAGGAGUUGUCGAGGUCCUGCCCAGUAAGGAGGAAUGGAUCAGGAACCUGGUAAAAGAAUCUGCCUUCUAAGAUUUUGUAGAGUAGCUGUGCUGUGCUGAUAGAUCCCUUCUGCCCCUGGUAGGUAUGGAUUCUCCAAAGCCCACGGGCUGUAACGACUAAGUUGCACAAACAGCAAAGAUGGCUCCUUGCUCCUGCGCAUGGGAACUCAUUCCAGGAAUUCAAAUCUCUGUCAGCCUGAGAACACCGGUGUGGGUGGCUGGAGGCCCCAGCUGAAAGGACCCUCAUUGGGCUGGACCUCCAGGCCUCCAUGCCAGGGAGAACUCAAAUCUCU